AUGUCCUCAAAGGACAUCGAGCAGAUAUUUUCGGGCUCCCCCGAGGACGGAUUGGCAAGCCUUGCUCGAAAUCUCUGGGAGGAAACUCCCCCCGCUGCGGACCUCGACCUCCUGGCCCAGAAGGCUGGCGACGCCGCCAGAGAUGAGUCCUGGAGGAUACCGCUGGGUGAAUCCGGAAUGUUGGACUUCUUCUGCGGCUUGAUCAACACCGACGGCAUAAGAUCAACACUCAUAGCCCAUUCCCUUCGCGUCAUAGGCAACUCGUGCGCCGACAAGGAUGAGAAUAGAGAGCGAGUCGUGGCCUCGGGUUGCCUGCCAAAGAUCGUCACUUUGCUCAACCAGGACUCUCUCUUGGCCUUUGUCGUCCCGGUGCUGUUCAACAUCUGCGUCGACUACGAACCCGCGCAGGUGGCAGUGUAUAAGGCUGGGAUAAACCCCGAGCUCGUCAGUCUGAUUUCAACCCCUCGCGUGGCAGAAGCUGCACCAUUAAUGGGCUAUAUCUGCAAACUGUUGGGCUUUGUAGCUACGCAAGAACCGGAGGCGAACUUGGUCCAUCCCGCGACCCCUUUUGUUCUCCUAAGCCUGGCGACCAAUCCACAGUCAGCAGCCGACAUCGAGGACUUUCUCGGGCUAGCCUCUGUAGCUCUGACCUACCUCUCACAGCAGCAAUUUCAGCAGUCCUUUCUGGAAACCCCCAAUGCCUGUUCUCUCUUCCUGGAUGCCUUCUCAAAGGCAUGCGAUAGCCUCGACGUUUCCGAGAUCGAACCCGAAGACCAGGCUCAGCUCAAGCAGGUCCAGACCGCAUUCACAUCAACAUUGGCCGACUUGUCCGCCCACCCUCUAUUCGCCUCCUCGUGUCCCCUAGACGGCCCAGAGGCCAAGACACUCCAGCGAUGGGUCUCGACGCCUCACAUCUCUUUGCAAAGUGCAGCUUGCCUCGCCCUUGGUAACAUCGCUCGCUCCGAUGACACAUGUACCUUCCUGGUCCAGAAGUCCGCCAUCCACGGGCCUCUAAUAGCGGUCCUCGCAGAGCCCUCCAACACAGAUGCCAAUCUCUUGCACUCGGUCCUGGGCUUCCUGAAAAAUAUGGCCAUCCCAAUCAGCAACAAGGCCGUCCUCGGGGACGGGGGCCUCUUCGAAUCGCACAUCGUGCCUCGCAUCUGGGACCUGGACACCCAGCCACAGGUCCAGUUCGACGCCGUGUCCCUGACGCGCCUGCUGCUGGUCAACUGCCCAGCCAACGUCCAACGCAUAUGCUCGCCGCAGAGCGCAGACACAGCAUCACCCACACACGACCGAACCAAGCUUCACCUCCUGAUGGACCUGCACAAGCGCUCCGACCAGGAGCCGACCAAGAUGGAGACCGCCCGCGCUGUAGUAACGGUAUGCCGGGUCCUACACGCGAGCGCGAGCACCGACUUGCCUCUCCCACCCAGGUCCGUCGCCACCGCCUCCACAUCCCCCAGUGCCGAGCCGCGCACGCGACUACAAGAGUUCUACGACACCCACCCCGACCUGACCGACACGAUGCUGUACCUGUGCUCGCAGACCAAGUUCCCCGUGCUGCGGUCCGAGCUGCUCUUCGUGUUCGCGCUGAUGGCGCGCACGGCCGAGGGCGCUUCCGUGGUCGCGCGCUCCAUGCAGCACGACAGCAUCGUGGGGCUCCUAGUCGAGGCCGUGACGGGCGAGAAGGUGGUGUCCGACGAGGGUGGCGGCGGAUCGCCCGAAGGCUCUGUUUCUGACAUCAACAUGGACAUGCAACGCCUAGGGCUGGGCGAGCUCGAGGCGCGCGCCCCCCAGCAGCCGCAGCCGUCGCCGGUGAGCGGACCCAACGUCGAUCGUGAGAACGGGCUCGUGCUGAUCACCGAGCUGCUGCGACGGUGUCCGGACGAGCUGGCGAGCCUGCCGAAGCAGACGUUCCAGCGCAUCCUGAGACAGGGCGGCGAGCAGCUGCUGCACGAGAGGAAUGCUGCCGAUGGACAGGGCGAGGAUGCGGCGGUGGUUUUGGCCGGCCGAGGUUGA